GCAGCAGCACCGCACUUCCGCUAUGCAUCGCUCAACCGCCAUUGCCAAGCUCGCCUUGCUCCUCCUCGCGACUGCAGCCGUGUCAUGCGGCUUCUUCGUCGUCGCCCAUGCCCAUGCGCGGAAGAGCUGCUGGCCGCACGAGAGGGACGCGUUGUUGGCCUUGAAGCAGGGCAUCAACGACACCUACGGCGUCCUCGCCUCGUGGCAAAAACUGCGCCAUGACUGCUGCCGCUGGACAGGCGUCGCCUGCAGCAACAAAACCGGCCAUGUCACCGAGCUUGACAUCGAUUACAGCAGCUUGCUCGGCCAGAUAAGUCCUUCCUUGCUUUCUCUCCAGCAUCUCGAGUACCUGGAUCUCAGCUUCACGUCCCUACUUGGACCAAAUGGCAGCAGUGUAUUCCCAGAUUUCUUGUCUUCUUUGCACAACUUGAGACAUCUCGAUCUCUCCAGCACGCUCUUUUCUGGUAGACUUCCUGCUCGGCUUUCCAACCUUUCAAAUUUGGAGUAUCUCGAUCUCUCCAGCACGCUCUUUUCUGGUAGACUUCCUGCUCGGCUUUCCAACCUUUCAAAUUUGGAGUAUCUCGAUCUCUCCAGCACGCUCUUUUCCGGUACACUGCCGCCUCAGCUAGGCAAUCUUUCAAACAUGCGACACCUUGACCUCAGUUAUAUGCAAAAUAUACACACAGCAGAUGUCUCAUGGUUAACUCAUCUGCAUUUCCUGGAACAUCUUGACAUGAGUGGCAUAAAUCUCGGCACCACCGACAUGUUCCCUGUGGCCAACACAAUCCCAACUCUCAAGGACCUCAUUCUUAGUAACUGUUCGCUUCCAAAUGCAAACCAGCCGCUAAAACACCUAAACCUCACAAGACUUGAGUGGCUUGAUCUCAACAGAAACCAUCUUCGCCAUCGAAUUGAUACGAGUUGGUUUUGGAACAUAACAGGCAUCACACAUUUAGACCUUGAUGAAACCUAUCUCCAUGGUCCAUUCCCUGACGCCCUAGGAGGUAUGACAUCCCUCCAAUUCCUAUCCUUUGCCAAUAAUGGCAAUUCAGCCACAAUGAUGGUGGACUUGAAAAAUCUCUGUGAUUUAGAGCUCCUACGGCUUGAUGGAAGUCUCGCGUUUGGGAACAUAACAGAGUUUUUAAAGAAACUGCCACAAUGCUCGUCCAACAAAUUCCUCUCCUUGCUUUCGAACCACAACAAUAUGACAGGAAUGCUGCCAGAUAUGGUUGGGCACUUGACCAGUUUAGGACAACUUUCCCUUUCUAACAACAGCAUUACUGGAGCUAUACCAUCUGGCCUCCUCUUAAAAAGAAUUGCCCAGGCAAUAAUGCUUUAGAGCAUGGUGAUCAGCAGAGAAGAGAAAAUGGUUAUGAUCCAGUGGUGUUCUUCUACUUUGGGCUGACAGCUGGCUUUGUGGCGGGACUCUGGAUUGUCUUUUGUGCUUUUCUGUUCAAAAGAGCAUGGAGGAGUGCUUAUUUCCGCCUCUUUGACAAGCUACAUGACAAUGUGUAUGUGUUUGUUGUUGUUACUUGGGGCAUGAUAACCAGUAAGACAACUACAAGUUAAGAACUGGCGUGCUAAUUAAACAAAAUAAGGCCGAUCUGAUGCUGGUGUCAUUCUACUGUUGAACUGUAUGAGUAAAUAAGAGUGAGGAAGUAUUUAGUAGCUCGUACAAGAAUGUGUUUUGUUGAAGAUUAUAAGCUUGUAAUAUGUCUUAGAAGUAUCGAAUAUUUUGUUAGGAUCAUGUACACCAAUCUGAUUGAUAAAGAUUCGGUUAGAUCUCUCUCUUUCUUGAUUCUCAAAUAUGUAAUCCUACCAACAUUGUAUUCCUGGCCUACACGGCUUUGCCUCUAUAUUAACAUGAAAGCGUGUCGAGGCAAAGGCAUAAGCUUCCACAAAA